AUGUCCCAGCUACCUACAGAUUUUGCUUCAUUGAUCAAGAGAUUCCAAUUUGUUAGCGUCCUGGAUUCUAACCCACAAACCAAGGUCAUGUCUUUACUGGGGACCAUUGAUAACAAGGACGCUAUCAUCACUGCUGAAAAGACGCAUUUUCUGUUUGACGAAACCGUGAGAAGGCCCUCGCAAGACGGUCGAUCCACUCCGGUUCUGUACAACUGUGAAAACGAGUAUUCUUGCAUCAACGGGAUCCAGGAAUUGAAGGAAAUUACUUCCAAUGAUAUCUACUACUGGGGGUUGUCUGUGAUAAAGCAGAAUAUGCAAUCCAACCCCACUGCCAAGUUAAACUUAAUUUGGCCUGCUACUCCAAUCCACAUCAAAAAGUAUGAACAACAAAGUUUCCAUUUGGUCAGAGAGACUCCGGAGAUGUACAAGAGAAUUGUACAGCCCUACAUUGAAGAAAUGUGUAAUAACGGUAGACUUAAAUGGGUCAACAAUAUUCUUUACGAAGGUGCUGAGUCCGAAAGGGUCGUUUAUAAAGAUUUCUCUGAGGAAAAUAAAGACGACGGCUUUCUAAUCUUGCCUGAUAUGAAAUGGGACGGUAUGAACUUGGACUCUUUGUACUUGGUCGCCAUCGUUUACAGAACCGACAUUAAGACAAUAAGAGACUUAAGAUAUUCCGAUAAAAAAUGGUUGAUUAACUUAAACAACAAGAUCAGGUCCAUUAUUCCUGGCUGUUAUAACUAUGCAGUCCAUCCGGACGAGUUGAGAAUCUUGGUUCACUAUCAACCCUCCUAUUAUCAUUUCCAUAUUCACAUCGUCAAUAUAAAGCAUCCUGGUCUAGGUAAUAGUAUUGCUGCAGGCAAGGCUAUCUUGCUGGAAGACAUCAUUGAAAUGUUAAACUAUCUGGGACCAGAGGGUUACAUGAACAAAACAAUCACCUAUGCUAUCGGUGAGAACCACGACUUAUGGAAGAGGGGUUUGGAGGAAGAACUUACCAAGCAAUUGGAAAGAGAUGGUAUUCCGAAAAUACCCAAGAUUGUCAAUGGCUUCAAAUAA